GUUAAAUGUAACCGGGAGUUUGUUUCUCUCAUCUAAACAAUAUCGUUACACCGCCGUAUUUUGAACUUGCUCUAAACCACUAUAGAAAAGAAAACUAAAAGCGAACACCACCUUCCUUCCCUUUUCAUUUCACGAAAGCUUUUUUGUGCCAGAGGAUCAACUAGAAAACAGAUACUCCUUUAAUUUCUUAGAUUUCCAAAUGUCGGACAAUUAUUCGUUUUCGUUGCGUAAAUACAAGCUUGUCUUUUUGGGAGAACAAUCCGUUGGUAAAACUUCUUUAAUCACCCGGUUUAUGUAUGAUCAGUUCGACAAUACUUAUCAGGCUACAAUUGGAAUUGAUUUCCUAAGUAAAACAAUGUAUUUGGAAGACCGCACUGUUCGUCUUCAACUUUGGGAUACCGCUGGCCAAGAAAGAUUUCGUUCUUUAAUUCCUUCUUAUAUUCGGGAUUCUUCUGUUGCCAUCAUUGUUUACGAUAUUACGAACCAUAACUCCUUUGUGAAUACUGAAAAAUGGAUUGAAGAUGUGAGGGCUGAACGGGGUGACGAUGUGAUUAUCGUACUUGUUGGAAACAAAACAGAUUUAUCAGAUAAAAGACAAGUUAGCCAAGAAGAAGGUGAAAAAAAAGCUAGUGAAUUAAAAAUUAUGCAUAUGGAAACUAGUGCCAAAGCUGGUUAUAAUGUGAAACAACUUUUCCGGAAAAUCGCUCAAAUGCUUCCUGGAAUGGAAAAUGUCGAGACUCAAAGUACCCAGUUAAUCGACGUAAGUAUCCAACCGAACGAAAACGAAGGCGGUUGCAACUGUUGAGAUAGUUGUUUGCAAAUUUUGAACCUUUUCCCCUUUUACCUCUGCGCCCAAGAUAUGUCAAGAUAUGUUAUGAAUGUGUAUUGACGGAUUGUUUACAUUUUUACAUAUUGCAUAUUUAACGUUGACAGUCUUUUUAUUACUUUCAACAUUAUUUUGUCAGUGCACAGAUAUUUAAUGAACGACACGAUGAGAAAACCUUGCCUUCUUUUCAAUGACUUUGGUAGUUUUUUUUUUAAUAUAUUCAUCAACCUAAUCUUUGUCUAAAUCCAAGUUUAUGGUCUAGCACCUUCGUUUUUUUACUCUAGGUUUCUUUUCGUUGAUGUUUUCAGGAAAACUUCUAGCUUUUUGUAAUUAUUUUAACCUUCUUUGGAAUUUCGUUCCAUCCCAAAAUCUUUUAUUUUCUAUUAAAAGAAUUAGGACCCUUUCACUUUUUUCCUGAUUUGAUUUCUAUGUAUUUUAUUUCUUCCAUUACAUAGAAAGAAUGUUAUGAUUAUGUACAUCGUUUCUACUUUUGCCUGCCUCCGUACCUGUCUAAUAUUAUCUUCAAUGAACAGUGAACAACAAUCAAAGGAUAUUUGUAUAAACCGUG